AUGGACUCCCCGCGGCGCUUCGAGGAUACACCGGAGCAAGGGAGCCCCUCGGUGGAGCAAGGCGAAUCUAGCGACGGCGCGGAUCCGCCGGCUCCGGCCUACCAGCUCGCCCUUGCGGAUCACGACCGCGAGUACGGCUGCAGAUACUGCCACAAGAAAUUCAGCAACAAGCAGGCCCUCGGCGGCCACCAAAACGCCCACAAAGUGGAGCGGGCUAUGGAGAAGAACGUGCAAGAGACCGGCGGCAUCAGCUACUACGACGAUGACCCAAACCCGUAUCCGUACCCGUAUCCGUAUCCAGCCCGGAUGAACGCACCCGCCCCCUUCCUCGGCUCCAGCCGCCACCAGGAUUUCCUGCACAGGACGUCCCUCUUCAGCUGGAGGGGCGGCAGCGGUGGAGUCGUGGCGUACAACCCCCGUCCCUGCUCGGCCUCGGCCCCCCCUGCCCGCCCCCAUUACAUGCUGCCCGGCCACGAUGGGAAUGUAAGGCUCCCCAACUUCGGGCCGGGCAGCUCAGGGUUCUUUCGGGUCAGUUCGUAA